CAUAGACAAAAAAAACAUCAUCCAGAGAGAAUGAAUUUAAUGCUAGUUCGGUCUUGGGGUUGGCCUUUGGGAAGAAUGCUCAAAUUUCACAGCAACUACAAUGGAGCCCAGCGCCUGAAUUUCUUCCAUGGUUUCCGUCAUCUCCUUCUCUACUCAACUUCAACCUCAGCAGAAUGCAACCCUGAUUUCGCGAAUUACUUGGUCGAUUUUUUAGGGUUUUCCAAGCAACAAGCUCUUUCCACUUACACUAAGCUCGUCCGCAGUCGUCUAGCUCGAGGUGCGAAAAAGGUCAGUGAUUUCGAAUUUGUUGAAAAUUCUAAUUCCGUUGUUAAAUUUCUCAAACAAAAUGGAUUGGAACAAUGUCAUAUUCGAACUGCUGUAGUUUCAGAUCCCCUAAUUUUGUUCAGUAAUGUUGAAAAGACCCUAAUUCCCAAGACCCUAGCUUUUCAGAAAAUGGGGUUUUCUGUAUCCGAUAUUGUUGAGGUUGUCAAGGUGAAUCCUUCAAUAUUUUUUAUGGGGUUGGAUACCAAAAUUAUUCCAGCAUUUCAAGCUUUGAAGGAGAUUAUGGGUUGUGAUCUCCAUGUAAUUUCGAUUAUGAAAUCUCCUCGUAUCAGGCUUUUAUCUGUUUCCAAACUUUUGGUGCCUAAUGUAGCGUUGCUAAUGAAUCAUGGGAUCCCCAUUGAAUUAAUCCGGAAACAGCUACUUAGGAACCCAUUUCCCUUUCUCCGGAAAACUGAAUUUACCCAGGAUGCAUUGAUUAGGGUUGAAGAGAAGUUGGGGAUUCCUAGAGAUUCGCCCCGUUUCUUGUUAGGUAUUAUGUUGUUGAACUCUCUUAAAGAAACGACUGUUGAGUCGAAAAGACAAAUAUUUAAGAGCUUUGGGUGGACUGAGUCUGAUGUUGUAACUCUCACAAUAUCAAGUCCUUUUCUGUUGGCACUUUCCGAAGCUAACCUCAAGAAAAGGUUGGGGUUUUUCAUGAAUGAGCUGGGUUACAAGCCUAGUUUCUUGGCAAAGACGUGUUCCUUGUUUACUUGUAGCUUGGAGAAGAGAAUAGUACCGAGACAUAAGACCCUCCUAGUCUUGAAGGAGAAAGGUUUGAUUACGUUGGAUUACUCUCUUGUUUCUGCCGUAUCAUACACCGAGUCAAAGUUCUUGGAGAAGUUUGUGCUACCAUUCAAGGAAGUCCAUGAAGUUUAUUCCAAACAUGCAGGCUUCAGGUUCUCCCGGUGGUGGGACAGGCCUUUUUUUAUACCUUUUUCCCCUACUGAUGUCAAAGGAGGAAUUUGAUUAGGGAUUUGCUUAAAGAGAAAGACUGCAUCAUUUUGAGGAACCUGUGAUUGCUGCCAGAUUUUGCUAUCAGUGAGGAAUAUCCUACGUUCUUGAAUAAAAAGCCCCGCGUCAGUUAUGGGUUAGGAAAUUCUGUCUGUUUAGUCAGAUUAAAAAUCUCUGUUUUCAUCUGAGAAAUGAACCGAGCAUGAAUUAGGACUAUAAGUGGUGCAUGUUUUUGGACUGUAAUUAUGGUGAUCACCCGGUACCGGUGCUGGUGGUUUGAAAAAUGUGCAGGCUAAUGAGUUUAUGAGAUGCUCUUAUGCUGCAGCGACUCGUCACGGGUUAGGCCUGACAAGGCUUGGUGAUGCCUAGCCUUGACCGAAGUAGCUCCAGGUCCAGGUUUUUCUGUUUUUGUUUUACUUUUUUUUGUCUUGUUUUUAGGCCUUAUUGAACUUAUAGAUACUGUAUAGAACUGAGAUUAUUACGAAGUAGUACAUAUUUCCUCCGUCUUUUAAUACUCGCAACGUUUAGACUUUUGUCACUAUUCAUAUAAUCUACUUUGACUAUUCGUAGUGUUUUUUAUAUAAGAUAAAACGUAAUCAUGUGGGAUCUUGUUA